AUGCAAUUCACUAUCAAGCUUCCCCUUAGUAAAUUAGGAGGCUUUACUAACAGUAGUCUUUCGGCUGCCCAUGAGUUUUUGGAAAUCCAAUUGGACAACCAAGAGCUCCAGGAAUUCUUCACCCAUUAUUCCGAAUCAACCUCUAGUCCUCAUGCUAGAACCCUUUUCCAGUCUAAAGUCGACGCCAAGUUGUGUGAACUUCUUGCUAUGCGUCGUUCUUUGGCUGCUUCAAUCCCCGCUACUGACUCUGAGGCUGUCUCUAGCGAUGAAUUUAAUGUCUCAGGUUUGGGCUCUCAGCCUGAAUCCUCUUGCACCUCUGGCGCUUCCGACGCUGAUGUUUCAAGCGACGACAAGGCUGUUGUCCCUGAGCCAGCAGAAACGCCUCUGGAAAAGAAGCCUAUCAAGGCUUCUAAAAAGAAGCGCCAGAACCGUAAGCAGUUCAAGACCCAAAAGGCUUCUUCUCCUACUUCUCCUGUGAAAACUAACAAAGAUGGAGCCCAGAAAUCGAAGAGAUUGGCGGCACUUGGCCGUGAAGUGGUGCCUCGUGGCACGAAGGCUCCUCAAGUUGAAGUUGUAGAGGAGGUGGAUUUCGAAAUUGGUCUUGAUGAAUCCAGGGAAUCUUCUCCAGAGACUGAGUUGGCUGUUGUUGCGAAGAAGCCAGUCUGCAAGGUUCCCUUUGGUCCUGAAAAGGCCCAGCGUGUGGUUCUUCCACCAAUUGGAGCAUUUUUUGCUUUGAGGGCAAAGCUUUGGUUCAACUUUUUCUCGAGCCAACCGGUCGACAGACCUUUCAGGUUUAAGGCUCGUACUAUUAGAUCAUGGUUCACCCCAUCGGUCUUUGAGCCUUUUAAAAAGCUUGCUUCUGUUCAGAAGGCCAUCGAGGCUCCUAAGAACAUUACCGUGUAUGGUCCUCCAGAGAAGAUUGUGGUGAAGAAGUUUGAAGGAUCUACUAAGGUACCGCAAGUAUUGGCUUUCCAAAAAGCUCAGUACUUCUACUCCAAGAGACUUCUCAGCUUUGAGAAUCUCUUCAGCCAGUACAAGGUAAACUGGCCUAAGGCUACCAAGAGUCUUGACUUUAAGACUUUGCCUGUUCCUCAUACCAACAAUAACUUGCAAGUUGGCCAGUUGUCUCAGUAUCAUGAGUUCAUGAGACUCUUGAGACUCUCUGAACUCUCUAACCCAUUCCGGGAAUGCUUACCCUUAGCGGUUAACGAAGACGAUUGGCCUUUGGACUCUCCUCUUCCUCCCCCAUCAACCCCUAAGAUUGUUGAGCUUAAGGACGACUAUGUUCCAUCCAAGAGAGCUCUUAAACAGAGAGCUAAGAGACAAGCUAAGAAGGAGAAGAAGAAGGCUAGGGCUGAGAAGGCUGCAAAGAGACCACCUCGCCAAUUCAAGAGUGUUACUAAUUCUAUGGCUAGAAGAGAAAGACGUCGGAGAGCUCAGAGAAAUAGAGAGUUUGGUAUUGCUCCUCCUCCUCGUCCUCAGAAGAUUGAUUAUACUCCAGUAACUCCAGUGUUUGAGGUUACCUUGACUCUUCCAGCUCCUGUUGUUAAGGAGCCGGUUAACCAUUUACAGGUGGGCCAGUUGUCUCAAUACCACCACUUCAUGAAGCUUUUUAAGUUCUUCAAGCACUGUCGUGUUCAACAAUAUACUUCUGAGUUCGAGAAGGCCUUCGGAACUAUCGAGUUUCCUUUGAACCAAGUCUCCACUGUGGUGCUUCGUGGAGCUAAGAUUAAGUUUGUUUCCAAGAGGAAGCCAGCCAAGCAGGUGAUCUAUCCAAUCCAGAAUAAGUUGAAGCUUAUUGAGUGGGUGAAGGAGGAGCAGGUAAAGGAAGAGCAAGUGAUCUACCCAAUUCAGAAUAAGUUCAAGCUCAUUGAAUGGAUUAAGGAAGAGCCAAUUGAGGAAGUAAUCUACCCUAUCCAGAGCAAAUUGAAGCUCAUUGGAUGGAUCAACGAAGAACCAGUUGAGGAAGUGAUUUACCCAGUCCAGAGCAAAUUGAAGCUUAUCGAAUGGGUCAAGGAAGAGCCAGUCAAGAAGAAAAUCUACCCAAUUCAGAGCAAACUUAAGCUCAUUGAGUGGACCCAGGAAGAAUCAGUCCAGAAGGAAGAAGGUGUCAAGGUUGAGGUUCCUGUUGUUGAGGAACCAAAGGUUUCAGAAAAGCCUAAGAAGGUAAAGAAGACGCCGGUGUUGAAGCCAAAAAUCUCCAAGGCCAAAGAGAGAAGAGAGAGGAAGCAGAAAGCCAAGAGAUCCCGCGAGUUCACCAACACCACAAGUAAUGUUUCAGCUGCUAUCAGACCUUUUGCUACGUCUGAUAGCAUGAGCAAGCCCCAGCCAGUCGAUCAAUGGAGGAAAUAG